CCACGCCACAUUUCUUCGACGUUUAUUUACAGAUGAACACUUCCGGUUUCCGUGGAUUUCCCGUCGGAUCAGAGUGUGAUUAUAACAAAUCCGCUUCAUUUCUCGCCCUGAUGUUGUGUUUAUACACGUGAUAAAGUGGAUGAUUGCGGUGGGAGGUGAAGAAAUCCGCACUGCGCUCCGUGUGUGUGUGUGUGUGUGUGUGUAAAGUUCACGCGCUGCUUCCGGUCUGCUCAGUAAUCAAACAGGAAGAAGCGGUAAAUAAUGAAGGGGAGGAAAAGUCGCGCUAAACGAGCGAAACUCUCGCAUACACACACACACACUGCAGAGACACCAAAGAAGAGCCCGCACACUGGCAGAUUGAACACAGAGCUCUGUCGGUUGUGUCAUGGCUGGUUCUCAGCGAGGAAGCUGCGAAAGGCGUUUGGGACAUGGCCCAACCAGGACACGUGGUCUUCAUCAGCGGAACCUGCCGAGUCUGCUAACACGACACCACCACCACGCUUCUGCUCAGACUUCCAGCAGCUGCUGGGUGUGUCUGUGUGUCCCGACUCAACACUCUCACCGUACAUCUGCUCCGACUGCCACACCCAGUUCUACCAGUGUCACAGCAUCCUGCAGGCCUUCAGACACCGGGUCAACUCCACACCGUCACCCAACACCAGCAUCCAACACCAGCAUCCAACACAGUCAUCCAACACCACCACCAAGAGGUGCAGUUCAACACUGACACCAUUCACAGAUGAAACAGAUCAGUCCUCUCCACCCAUCACCUUAGACCCUCAGUGUCUGCUGCGCUUAGUGUCGUGGACUCAUGAGCACGCAGCGAGCUGCAGCUUCCCUCCCGGCCUGCAGGAGGUGAGGGAGAGGUGUGGAGGUGUUGUGAAGGUGGUGUGGCGCUGUGGGGAUGGACACUCCUACACCAUGGACACGGGCGUGUGGGAGAGACAUAGGGACAACACACACCCACAUAACCACCAACCAGUCACAAGCAGAGAAGAAAACUCCACCCACAGUCGCGUCCACGGCGAGGAGCCAGAUGGUGCUCAGUGCAGAGACCAGAUCCCAUCACCUGCUCAGCAUCUAGAGGACAGCGAGGUGUCUGAGAGGAAUUUCUCCAGCGAGGAAGAGGAAGAGACGAGGAAGAGCAGCUCAGAGGACAGUACACGUGCUCCAACAGACAAACAACUGAGCUCCAAGAAGAUGAGUAAAGAUGUGAAGAAACUGCAGCCUAAAGAGAGGAAGAAGCCUGGACCCAAACCUGGGUGGAAGAAGAUCAUCAAGUCAGAGCGAGAGGAGCUGCCCACCAUCUAUAAAUGUCCUCAUCAGGGUUGUACAGCCGUGUACAGAGGAGUGGACGGCAUGAAGAAGCAUGUGAAGGAGCACCACGAGGAGGUGAGGGAGCGGCCCUGUCCUCAUCCAGGCUGCAACAAAGUGUUCAUGAUCGACCGCUACCUGCAGAGACACGUCAAACUCAUACAUACAGAGGUCAGGAAUUAUAUCUGUGAUCAGUGUGGUCGGACGUUUAAACAGAGAAAACACCUGUCUGUGCACCAGAUGAGACACUCUGGAGCAAAACCACUGCAGUGUGAAGUGUGUGGAUUUCAGUGUCGGCAGAGGGCAUCUCUGAAGUAUCACAUGACCAAGCACAAGGCGGAGGCGGAGCUUGAGUUUGCGUGUAGCGUGUGCGAGAGACGCUUUGAGAAAGCACACAACCUGAACGUCCACAUGAGCAUGGUGCACCCACUGUUACAGGAACACAACACAAACACCAUCGACACCAGCUGAGAGCUGUAUGGCCUGAACACACACACACACACACACACACACACACGCACAGAGUUGAAUUGUAACUUUCAGUACAGACACAGUGACAGUCAGAUCAAAUCAGAAGUCCCUACACAUGUAGCAUGUUCAGGUGUGUGUAAGUACAUAUGAACCCAGUGUGACAUGUGACCCAUCAGGGAACAAGCAGCAUUUUAAUCCACUCUACAGCCCAAACUGACCUUUAUCACUGUUUUAUUGCAUUUCAUCAUGGUACAGAACACAGUCCAGUCCGUUUACUUCCUGUUUCCUGUUGCGCCCGUGUGCAAUGCCUUUGUGUGCCCUAUUCAAAUCACAUCUCUAUAAAUUACCCAGAAUCCUCCUGCAGUGAGUCCAGACACAGUGCUCUCAUCACGAGAGGUCCUUGGUGUUCAUCAGAGCUGAGAGAGCAGCUGCCACCUCGGGGUCAAGCUCCAUACACUCCGCCUCCACCUGAGAGGGAGAGAUUUCACACACACUUCAACUUCCCCCGAAGUCAAUACAUCAAUACUUAUUUGCUAAUAAGCUGGAGGUAUAAAAUCAGGGUUUCCAGGUGAUCCAGAAAUCCUGAAAUAUUCCUCACUAACCUAAAUCAGCACCAUUGUAUGAGCUUGUUAAACGUACCUCUGAUUAGUAUUACUGAGGUCAUUAAUAUAACGUAUAUCAUUUACAGACCCGCAGACCAGAAAAUAAAUAAAUAAACCUGACAAACUGCUGAAGGAAAAAAACAUGAACCUGGCAACAUGUAAUAUGGAUUAUUAUUAUCACAGUUAUUUAUUUAUUUCUACACUAACUCCUGUAAGACACAUGUAAUAGCACAACUUGAAGAAGUGCACAAGGAAAUAAAGCAAGAUGGGAAUAGGACAGAGGAAGAGAGUGCGUGUGUGUGUGUGUGUGUGUGUGUGUGUGAGGUUGUAAUCAAAUUCUUGUUUAUUAUUAUGAUCAGUGUAUAUUGAGGCAAAUGUUUUGUAAUAAACUGACACAACCCGUCA